AUGGCUCUUAGUGGUAUUAGCGGUAUUCAUGAAGCCAUUCCAGAUGCAGAAGAUUCAACUCCUGCUCGUCGGAGAAGUCCCAAAUGGACCACUGAGCAAAAUCUGAAUGGCUCGCUAUACGUGAUCAACCAUGUUAUGGUAGUCAUUGCUCGUCCAAUGGGAAGAGAUGCUGCUAAGAAAAAGGCUAAAAAGAAAGGUAAAGGCGCAUCCUUGAAAGUGGUCGGCGAAGAGUGAAAUGAAUUUAAAGAAUUGAAGACACAUGAGUUGGAUCGGCUGGAGAAAAUAGUUAUGAUGCAAAAUGAUGCAAACCAACUGAUUAAGGAAAAGACUCAGGCUAAAAAGAUGAAGAUGUUUAUCAAACUAACUGAAAAGAAAAAUCUCGAUGACAAGAGCAAAGAGCUGUUGCAGAAAUUAAGCCAGAAUCUAUUUGGAAAUUAA